AUGGCGAUCGCGGCGGAGUCUCAACAGGAGCACAAGAAUUCUUCAGAGAGCACAGCAGCAGAGAGAAAGAAAUGGACCCUAAAUGACUUCGACAUCGGAAAGCCUCUUGGCCGAGGAAAGUUUGGGCAUGUAUAUCUCGCUAGAGAAAAGAGGAGCAAUCACGUUAUCGCACUGAAGGUCUUGUUUAAGAGCCAGCUUAAAGAGUCUCAGGUUGAGCACCAGCUUCGUCGUGAAGUCGAGAUACAGAGUCAUCUUCGACACCCCAACAUACUACGACUAUAUGGUUACUUCUACGAUCAGAAACGACUCGUGCUGCCUCUGGUCGACUCUCGCCGCGGCUGCUGCUGCCGCGAGUUCGCCAACUCGCAGGCCCUCGGCGAUGACCAGAACGCGCACAAGAAGGAGCGGCAGCAGCUCAAGCGCGCCCAGCUGCAGGCCAGCUGCGACGCCGCCUCCUACAUGCGCAACCCCAUGGUCUCCCCUCUCACCGCCGCAGCUCGACGGAUUUUGUUGAAACUGACUGAGGAAGAGUUUGAAUUUCAAAGCAAGCCCAAUGCCGAGCUUCUACCAUGA